GGGAGGACACAAUCCAUGUUUCAGACUUUAAAGCUAAAACCAGGUGGGAGCGAAACCAACRCCUGGCUCGGAGCAGCCGCCGCUGAGGUCUCUGGCCAGUGUCGCUUCCAACCACCCACAAGGAUGGGGAAUAUCUUUGCAAACCUCUUCAAGGGCCUUUUUGGCAAAAAAGAAAUGCGCAUCCUCAUGGUGGGCCUGGAUGCUGCAGGGAAGACGACGAUUCUCUACAAACUGAAGCUGGGUGAAAUUGUGACCACUAUUCCCACCAUAGGUUUUAAUGUGGAAACCGUUGAGUACAAGAAUAUCAGCUUCACUGUGUGGGAYGUGGGUGGCCAAGACAAGAUCYGSCCACUAUGGCGCCACUACUUCCAGAACASCCAAGGCUUGAUCUUUGUGGUGGACAGCAAUGACAGAGAGCGUGUGAAUGAGGCCCGCGAGGAGCUCAUGAGGAUGCUGGCUGAGGAUGAGCUGCGGGACGCUGUCCUCCUGGUGUUUGCCAACAAGCAGGACCUCCCAAAUGCCAUGAAUGCAGCCGAAAUCACAGACAAGCUGGGGCUGCACUCGCUAAGUCACAGGAACUGGUAUAUUCAGGCCACCUGUGCCACCAGCGGGGACGGGCUCUAUGAAGGACUGGACUGGCUGUCCAAUCAGCUCCGGAACCAGAAGUGAACCUGAACCCCCCCCACCCCCUCACUUUCUCCUCUCCGCCCUCGCUUUCCUCUCAUGUGGCAAACGUGCGACUCUGUGGUCCUGAGUGCCAGAAGCUGUCUCCAUGGGUUGGUCAGUGUGCAUCGCACCGUGCUGUACAUGUGCAGACGMAGCCUGCAGCCAGGUUUUUAUUUAAUGUAAAUAGUUUCUGUUUCCACUGAGGCAGUUUCUGGUACUCCUAUGCAAUAUUACUCAGCUUUUUUAUUGUAAA